GUGCAGCAGCCUUCAAGACAGGUGGAGGUUGCAGUGUCAGAGGAGGAGAUGUCUGGGGUGACUGAGGAAGGGGGAGCAGCUGAAGUAGAGCAGCAGCAGCAGCAGCAGCAUGAGUCUCCACCUCGAGUUCCACACCCGCCUGAGCGUCCUAGGAGGGAUGUGCGCCCUCCUGUGAGGCUGACCUAUGGGGGAAGAGGCAAGCCGAAUGUGGUGCAGGCUGGGAGUGUGGUUGAGCAGAUUGAGGAAGAUGAGAUCGCUCACUGCUACUGGGCACCAAUCCCUGAGUACAUGGCCUUACACCAUGGGGCCAAGGAAGUAGUGUGGCUAAGGCGUUUGUUGGAGGAGUUGGGAGUUGCUAUGAAGAUUCAAAGUUCAUGAGCUUGCGUUACAAUUGCGGCGGUUACAAAGUGAAGUUGUGGGGUGACUCUAUAUGGAGUUGGGACCUUUGGGGUUGGGGAAAUUUGUCACUCUACUGUAACAGCUGCAAAUUGGUUGGGAACAACCAAGCUAGGUUGGCAAGGGUGGCCAACUUGGAUGGAUUGGUUGGGAAGGGACAAAGGUCAAAGUUGGGGUUCCUAUAGGGAGGGAAUCUUUGUGCUUAUGGGGUUUCCUUGGUUGGGGACUCUCUUGGGACCUUCCCUCUCGUCCCUCUCUUCUAUCCCAACCUUUCUCUUGCUCUCUAAUUCCUUGUGAGAUUCUUGAACUUUGAUUGAACUCUUGAGAUUGAGUUAAUACAAGGGUUCAACUGUCUCAACUUCCGCUGCACUACUCCAAGUCUCAAGUCUCUACAAGCUGGGACUUAGUCUCUGCAAAAGAUCCUAAGGGCUUUUCUCAGCCCA